CCAUAAAUGGUAUAAAAGAGUCAGUUUUUCUCACUGUCUGACAGAAGUUAUACAGAUCAAGGAAGAACUUACAUAAAGCGGGCUAAGACUCAACAAGAACUCCACUCCUUGUAAAGUACAAGAUGAAAUUAAAGCUGUUACUUUCGUGUCUCUCUCUGCUGACCAUCACUGUCCAAUCCAUGUCCUUAAUUGCGGAGAGAAAGAGUGCUGUGACUAAAUAUUCUCUGGAGCUGUCAAGUGGUGGAAAAACUUUUGGCGAACAGAUUGAAAUUGACACCAUAAAGGAGACAGAGACUUUCCACGUACCGAAGACAUCGCCUAAUGAAUCAGCAGGAGAUAUAAUCUACGAUUUUAAAAGGAAAGUGACAAUGGUUCGUUUGCCAGCAGAAAAGGCAUGCUAUAUCGCUAAUUCAAUCGAUGAAACUCUCACACCUGCCGAUUUAAAGGAAGCUUUAGAAAUGAAAUCUCCCGGAACGAGCGAAGAGUUAGCAACUUCUUCAACUGAAACCCAAAUGACGGUAGCGGGAGAGCUUGAAGACCGUUCAGCGCUGAGUGCUGAAAUGGCAGAACUGUGUGUCAAUCUACCAAUCUAUAUCGUCACCAAUGGCGCUGUGAUCCUCGAUGACGAGGAAGCUGACGAGGAAACGGUUGUGGAAGAUGAUAUGGAGGCUGAUAUGGAAGCUGAUGAGUACAUUGUUGAAGACGCCAACGAUGAACCCGAAAUAGUUGACACAAUUGACAAUCCUUACACACGUGUAAAACGAGCUUUUUUCCGCAAGCUAAGACGGAAGGGAUUCCUACGCAAACUCAAAAAAAAGGCUUGUAAAAGAGUGUGUAAAUGGGCUACAAGACGGAUUUGUAGAAGGGUUCCCGACUUGUUCAACAGGUUGAGGAGGAGGUGCUUAAAGUUCCGGAAAAGAGGAUGCAAGCGUGUUUGGAGAUGGCUGGUUGGAUAAACUGGUCUAUUCAUCACUUAUAUGUUAAAACAAGCGUUGAGAACUGCUUUACACUAAUUCAAUGGAACUUUAACCAGUUAGCUUAUCCCAAGGCUCUUUCCAAUUUAGUCAUAACUUCCCGGUUGAAAUUAAACAUUUUCAUUUGUUUAGCUUUUUCGUUCCUCCAAUCUAAUGGUCCCAGAUAGAAGAAUUGAUUUUGCUACAACGCUAUUAACCCUUCAACUCCCCAUAAUAUCCAUAUAUUAUCCAGCAAACAGGUGAUGAGAAAACUCAAAAUUAUCAGUUAGAACUUGUUAUAUUGAUCCAGUAUGAAAUUUUCAUAACUAAUUCACAAGGAAAUGCGGAGCUGCUACAGGGAAGAAUUUACAAUCAAAUCCUGUGACUUAAAGGGUUAAAAGAUUGCUUUCAAGCUUCUAAUUAUAAGGAAAGGUCUAAAAGUAAAUUAAAGAUAGUGUGUUAAACUGGCUUCAAAAUAAAAUCUUAACUUCAAGCCAGGCAGGAGUUUAUGAAAAGUGAAUAGUGUAAUUGCAGCAUGUAAGGGACUGGGUACCGUGUUAGAGAAUAAAGGCGAAUCAUAAACCGAA